AUGACAGAUAGCUCACUGGUUGCUGAGUGUAUUGCGAUUCUUGAAGGUCUGCUCAUCGCUGAAGCAGAAAAGAAGCGAAUAGCACUGAGGGUUACUAAAAAACUCGAGAAAGUAGUGGUGUGGUCAGACUCAUCGGAGGCAGUUGAUCUAAUUGUGCUUGAUUUGGACGAGACCUUGGUUUGUGCGUAUGAGACCUCUUGCCUCCCUGAGAUUGUGAAGAGCCAUGCGAUUAAGGCUGAGAUCAAGUGCUUCGAGCUAGAGUGCUUCUCGGUGGAGAAGGAUGCUGAGGGGAAACCUUGGGUUAGUCACGUGACCGUGUUCGAGCGGCCGGGGUUGAGGGAGUUCUUGAAGAAGAUCAGCGAGUGUGCUGAUCUUGUUCUCUUUACUGCUGGCCUUGAAGGUUAUGCUAGGCCUGUUGUCGAUAGAAUAGAUGUUGACAACAAGUUCAGUCUCAGGCUGUACCGGCCAUCACCGGUUAGCACGUUAUGCUAGGCCUGUUGUCGAUAGAAUAGAUGUUGACAACAAGUUCAGUCUCA